CUCGCAGUAUGAGGUCGAUGAUUGCAGACAGGGAGGGAGUCAUGCUAAUGAUUGAUGAUUAGUUUCUCAUAUACGUUUUCCUUGUUGGAGCUCGCCAAGUUAAAAAGAAGUGAGUAAACACACUCUGAAGAAGUAAUUUGCAUAUUUUGAUGGAUCAAGUUGAGGACUGAAGUUUUGGAUGCUCUGACAUUGCUGGAUCCUUUAUUAUAGUCUUCAUGAUGAGAUCAGUCUGCUCUCCUAGACAUUGACUCGAGCUUCACCAGGCCCGAUGUGCCCAUGACGCCCUUGUUUCAGUGCAGGCUUCAGAAGCUGAGGCUAUAAAGGGACUAGAGGACUAAUCUGCAGCCUUAGUCCUGGUCCUGGACUUCUCUUUAGUCCUUUAUCAGUCCUCCCUGUUCCCUGCCAUAUCCCCUCACCACUCCACUGCACCACAGCCCCGGCCUCACCUGUGGCCAACAUGGGCUGGUUCCUCCUCCCAUUUGAUAACCUGCUGUGUAUGGUCCUUGGCAUAUCCUUCACUGUGGGAUUCAGCUCGCUGCUAGUCAUAGUCGUGCCGGCCGUCCUUGGAGUGUCCAUUGGGAUCCGCAGACUGUACAUGAAGAGCCUUCUCAAGGUCUUUGAGUGGGCUACUGUGCGGAUGGAGAGAGGUGCAAAGGAGAAGAAUCAACAUCUUUAUAAACCCUAUAGUAAUGGUAUCAUAGCUAAAGAGMUGUCCUCUCUGGAGCAGGAGAUCCAGGAGCUCCGUGCCAGCGGCACCACUCUGAGCUCUGAGCCUGAGUUUGAGAUGGCGGACAUCAUGUAUUUCUGCCGGCGGGGGGUGGAGAGCAUCGUGGAUGACGAGGUGACCAAGCGCUUUUCUGCUCAGGAGCUGGAGUCCUGGAACCUGCUGACCCGCAGCAACUUCAACGCUCGCCACAUCAGCCUGCGACUCAGCGUGCUCUGGGGACUGGGUCUCUUCAUCCGCUAUGGCUUCCUGCUGCCACUCAGGGUUACUCUGGCAGCCUCUGGUAUUGGUCUGCUUGUGGUCUUGACUACCAUAGUGGGCUUCAUACCAAGCGGCUGGUUAAGGACGUACCUCAGUGAGAAGAUUCAUCUGAUGUCUUAUCGCAUCUGUGUCCGAUCCCUCACUGCCAUCAUCACCUACCACAACAGUGAGAACAAACCAAAGAAUGGAGGCAUCUGUGUGGCGAAUCACACAACUCCCAUUGACGUCAUCAUCCUGGCCAAUGAUGGCUGCUAUUCUAUGGUUGGCCAGAUCCAUGGUGGUUUGAUCGGGGUAGUCCAGAGAGCCAUGGUGAAAUCCAGCACACACAUCUGGUUUGAGAGAUCUGAAGUGAAAGACCGUCACCUUGUGGCCGAAAGGCUUAGCAAUCAUGUAGCAGACAAAACUAAACACCCCAUCCUCAUCUUCCCAGAGGGCACCUGCAUCAACAAUACCUCCGUGAUGAUGUUCAAAAAGGGCAGCUUUGAGAUAGGCUGUACUUUCUACCCUGUGGCCAUUAAGUAUGACCCUAGGUUUGGCGAUGCGUUCUGGAACAGCAGUAAGUUUGGGAUGGUCAACUACCUGCUGAGGAUGAUGAGCAGUUGGGCCAUCGUCUGCAGUGUCUGGUACCUUCCACCUAUGAGCAGAGAGGAGGGAGAGGAUGCGGUGCAGUUUGCCAACAGAGUAAAAGCAGCCAUCGCCACGCAGGGAGGACUGGUGGACCUGCUCUGGGAUGGAGGGCUGAAACGAGGGAAGGUGAAAAAUACGUUCAAAGAGGAGCAGCAGAAGCUGUACAGCAAGGUGCUGGUUGGAGACCAGGAGGACCAAGGUGAAGACAGACCACAGGAAGAUGAAGAAGAAGAAGAGGGGGACCAAAAUGAAGACAGACCACUUGAAGAUUACACACCCAGACCACUGGAAGACUGCUCUCUGAGACUACAAGAAGAAGAGGAGGAGAGAGGCUCAGAGACACCAAUGAAGGAUCAAUGAGGGUGGGGGUUCCAUUCCUACCAGGUUAUUAAGUGUCAGCGGAGCCCCACUCACUGUCUUGGUGAGGCACUAUACCAGAGGAUUUAUUGGAUUGGAAGCCUUAAAUUAAUUUCAAUAACAAUGAACUACUCAGAGAGCAUUUCAAUAACAAGUAACUACUCAGAGAACAUUUCAAUAACAAUGAACUACUCAGAGAACAUUUCAAUAACAAUGAACUACUCAGAGAACAUUUCAAUAACAAUG